CGUGAGGUAAGUUAAUGAAAGGAAAACACACAAGUCAUUUCCCCUAAUCUCUGAACGAAGAACUUAAAAUUAAGCGUUAGAAGGUCCUCAAGUUGACACAACUUCAAUAGAUCAUCCUAGGUAUCUAGGAUUAUAUUUAAAAGCUCCAAACAAGCAUAUGCAUAACUUCAUAAACAACCCACAAAAGGAGUCUUAAGGGUACUUUUGUGUUUAGACAUGCAUAGAAGGGUUGAACUUGGAUACCAAAGCUAGUCAACACCUUACACAAGAAGUUUCACCACCACAGCCUUGUAUAAUUCAUUACCAACACACCAAGCAAUCUAAAGGUACUACCACCAAAGAUAAAGAGAUCAUAACUUUACCAAUUACCAUUUCCAAGUUGGUCCAAACAACAAAAUAUGAUCUUUCACUACAAGUGCACGGAAGAUCAACAAAAUGAUGCAAUACAUAUUACAGACAUGUGUUGUUGGAGUUAUGGCUACCUCGAUAAAAUUUUCUUAUCUUCUGCCAUUCACAAAACAAUUUUGUUCACAGUGGACGACGAUAAUCAACUAUGCGCAACCAAGAGACACAAACUAAAGCGAAAAAUGAUUCAGAAUAUAGCAAAAUAAGACAAGGGAACUAUCCUCCUCCUUAAGUUAUCAUACAGACAAUGUGGUUUCAGAUUUAUGCUAGAUUUAUUUCUGACCUUCGUAAACCAGUCGUCAGCUGAUAUUUCCAUCUUCUGUUGACUCGACAGAGGAACUUCCCAAUCUCCGUACGCGGAUGCAAGUUAACAAGAAAUUUCCUAUACGAUGCACCAAGAACAGAUGCAACUAAAGAUUGUCAAAAGAUAAAGAGAACUUGACAUUGGAUUUUGAAAUAGAUCUGCCCCGAACUUGAUACAAGCCCUGAAGCCAGGGCAUCGCCUACUAUCAAAUAUCCCAAGAAGAGACCAGAAACCCAAAAACAUCUCAUACACGUAUCACUUUCCAUGCCAACGCAAAAAAGAAAAAACCCAUUGAUACACAACACCCAUUAUGCGUAAUAGGCAUCCACAAAACACUGUAUGCAGAACCAUACUGUCAUAAAUUUGCACCCCAAUAAUCCCGAAACAGAAAUAAAUUGGUUACAGCAUGCAGUUAUAUACACCAAGUAUCCAACAGUUCUAUGUACACAUGUUGCACGCCUAUACAGAGUAGUCUCCACCCUUUGUGUUUGCUGAAGAAACCAAGCUCUCAACAUAUGUAACUCAAUCUCUUACCUUAAGGGUAACAUCUGAGAGAAUACCGCCUGACUGUCUUGGGCUUGAUGGAACACUAUGGAACUUGACAACCAACACCUUAAAACACGGCAAAAGUAUCACAAACAAUGCUCCGAGAAUAGCUGGUGCUGCAACAAGCCAUCCCAAUAGCUGCAGAAUCAACGUAGCAUCACUCAGAUCUCAUAUCACUAUACGAAGCAGAUCCUGAAAAUGGAGAUAAAGGUGCCAACGUACAAGCAAGAAAAUCAUGAACCACAAAUGCUGCUGAUUCUAUACGUCCACUAUGCAGUUAGGCUGAUGAUCAUUAAAGACAAUCCACUAAUAAUAAUAAAAUAAAAGCCCAUGUGUAUCCCUAAGUAACAGCCUUCAGUCUAAUUCAGCAAUUUCUAUUAGCAAUCACCAUGGAUGCUUGGGCUACUGUUCUGUCGUACAAUCACCAUUGAUUAACCGCAAUGAGUAGCUAACUGUUCUACCUCGAACAACGUAACUUUCUUGCCCGUCAGUUAUCUGAAUGUCUUAGGCUCUUAGCUAAUUUUGUUGAAGCGCAAGCCAUUCAUUACAUACGCAAAUAAUGUUGCAGCCCAAAAACAUAACAUCAUGCUAGUAGGUCAAAUCCAUGAAAUAUGAUCUAUUGGCUGUGAGGAAUAAAGAUGCUAACGUGUUACUUCGAACCAAGCUUGGCAACCUACCGCAUGAAGAACACUUUGAACGACUUCAUGAGAAGCUUCCCCAGUCAAGACCUUCUUCAAAGCAUCAGAUGUCAAUGGAAAAUGGGGUCCACCAAUAAUAACUUCCCCAAAACGCAAGAAUGGUACAACAAGACUUGUAAGAGAAAAUAUGUUUAAUAAGUCAGUAAACAAGGAAACCAAACAUGUCCGUACCUAUAUGAAGCUUGAAAUAAAUAAAAAAGUUUAAGAAAGAGUCAUUUGCAUUCCCCAAAAAACACAUUUCAUAAAAAAUCAGGGAAAAAAACAAAAAAAAAACCUAUUACUGCUUAGAAGCUCAACCUCUUCUCAUUCUAAUAACAGUUUCUAAGAUCAACUUGUAACCCCAAGCAAUAUCCAAAGUAGAAAAAACAAUUGACCCAGAUAACAUAAUGAAAGCACAUAUUACCUCAGCUCAAUAGGCGUUGCAAUAAGGUUUGCUAACAUCACGGUGGGAGCAUGGCAGCGCGAUCCAAGUAAUGCAAUUGCCAUCCCACACAGCAGAGCAGUGACUCCUGAAGACGACAUCAGGGCUAAUACUUUGAGUAGCUUCCAAUGUUACUCUUUAAAUUUUAUUUCAAACGUUAGAAAUGUUACAGGAAUCUAAAUAUGGGAAAACUACAUUCAGCCACAGCACCUUUUUCAUUGGCUAACAAUAUAGAUGUCAGAAGUAACUCGAGAUGAACUCAUAAAACUUUGUGCUAAACGAUAAGCGCAUAAUCCCUUAAGUUACAGGAAUCUACAUAAGGGAAAACUACAUUCAGCCACAUACACCUGUCACAAACAGCUACUUUGCAAUUUAAAUUUUCCUGACGAGAUACAAGAUAGAGUUCAUAAAUGCUUUUUUAUGUCCAAGGCUAUCAUCUCCUUGCAUAAUCCCAUGUUAACGAUAUGGUUCAAAGAAUUUUAUCCCAGCAUCAUCUAUAACUACAUCUCGCGCCCACUUAACAUGUAUGCAUCCUUGCUGUCAAAGUCGAUUUGAUGAAGGCUUUUGACUCGGUUCAUUGGGGUUAUUUGUUCAUGGUUAUGCAAAAGAUGAAUUUUCCUCCUAAGUUUCUAGAAUGGAUUAAAAUCUGUUUAGAAACAGCCAGCUUCAGUGUGACUGUGCAGGGCAGUCUCUUUGGGUUUUUCGUAGCUAAGAAGGGUGUGAGGCAGGGUGAUCCGUUAUCACCUUACCUCUUCACUAUCGCUAUGGAACCCCUAUCUUCCAUGUUGAACAGAGCAGUGUUGACUAGACAGAUUCCUUUUCACCCCCAAUGUAAAGCCAUCGGACUAACACGCCUUAGCUUUGCUGACGAUCUACUGAUUUUCACAGAGGGUUCAUCUCAGGCUUUAGAAUGUUUAAGGAAUGUGCUUGAUGUGUUCUAUAGACUUUCAGGUCUCCGAUGUAAUCCGCUUAAGUGUGAAGUGUUUUUUGGAGGAAUGGCGGAGAGAUCAAAACAAUUAGCCCAGGACAGAUCUGGGUUCAAGGAAGGCAGGCUGUCGGUGAGGUACCUAGGAGUGCCUCUUCAAUCUGGAUCGCUGUCUAGUAUUGAUUGUAACUUGCUCAUAGAUAAGUUGGCCAGCAGAAUUAGAUCAUGGCGUGCCAACAAACUAACAUAUGCUGGGAAACUACAGCUGAUCUCUUCAGUUCUCUACUCCAUCACCCAGUUCUGGAUGACAGUCUUUAUGCUGCCAAAGAAAGUUAUCAAUCGAAUUCAAAAAGUCUGCUCUGAUUUUCUCUGGUAUGGUGAGGGUACUGGGAGGGCCAAAGCCAGAUGGGAUUUGAUCUGCUUGCCUAAGAAGGAGGGAGGAUUAGGGCUGCGAGACCUAUAUACUUGGAAUGUGGCCUGUGUUUGGCAGAAUGGUUUGGACGCUUCUCAUGCGUGGGGGCUCGUUUUGGGUGGCUUGGAUCGAGAAACACAGGUUAAAAGGGAGAUCACUGUGGUUACUUCCUGAAACGCAAACUGGAUCUUGGCUAUGGAGAAAACUUCUCCAGCUGAGAUCAUGGUUUCAGUAUCGAUUGAUAGGAGGAGAUGCUGGGUCACUUGGGAGGGAAAGUUACUAGAGACUUUCUCCAUUCGAGCAGUGUGGCAGACUAUUCGACCUAGAAAUCAAGUAGUGAGGUGGUACUCAGCAUUGUGGGGGAAGUUUAACACACCUAGGCAUCGAUUCCUAACAAGGUUAGUCAUACAUCAUCGGAUCAAGACUCGAGUGCAACUAAAAGAUUGGGGUAUUGCUGAAUCUGAUCUAUGUUUACUUUGUCAUACUGAGCCUGAAAAGUAGAGAUGUACUUGAGCUUUCACAGCUACCAGGAAAAGUAAGGAGGAGUUGUUGCUUCAGCUCAAGGAAGAAGUUAGAUAUUAUUGUAUAGGCAAUACUGAAUUUCAUCAGGAAUUGGUCGGUAACCCUGUUUACUUUCAGGUCUGGAAUAAUGGCAGUAGUUGAUUCAAUGUAGUUAGCAAUUAGCAAAGUUAGCAGCUAGCAGUAGCUAUAGAAUUUGCAAGUGAUAGAAUUAGCAGAUGAUCUUUUUUUAUGUACAUUGCUGCAUAUAGCAGAUGUAUUUUUCGAGGAUGCUUGGUUUCAUCAAGCUUGAGCUUAAUAAAGAGACAACAACAAUUACCGGGGGGGGAAAAGCAAGGAGAUAACAGCCAGGAGCAAUUAGUCAGGCCGCAAUGAGAAUAACGAAGAUGGGAACCUCAUAAUUUUGCUAGAUCUGAGGUCAUGGACCAAUUUUCAAUCAGGGAAGCAAUACAAAAGACCUGCUGCAUGGAAAGUGAUACAUACCACAAAUGGGAAAGACUCCUAGGGUAAAGCCAAGAGCUGCAGAAAAUGCUAAUUGCUUUGGUUCCAUCCCUCUGCGGAUAAGAGAAACACAGACAUCAAGAACAGAAUCAAAAUCGAAAACUGAAUGAAUCAAUAAAGUUUCUCCACAAACAACCAACGAAAUCCACUUUAACAAAUGGAAUUCUACAUAAGAAGCCAACGGCAUUCAAUUAGCGGGAAACCGUAAACUCCAAGAAAUCAGGUCAGCGGAAGAGCUGCAAUUAUACAGCAUUCAAUAUUUUUACCACCGACUCCAAACAUGACUAAUAGCAAUAUUAUCAUUUCAUCUAUCGAACCGGGCAAAUGAGAGAUGCAGGUAAUCUCAGUCUCUACCCUAUGGUAAUAGAAAACAAAUGAGUUUACAAAGGUGAAAAUCAUUAUUUUAUAAUCAUAAUGUAAUUAUUCAAAACGAAGAUCGAAAGCAAAAGGACAGAGUACCUGCGCAGGAUUUGGUGGAGAGGAUCGACCACCCUCUUGCUGAACCAAGCCCCCAAAUCAAUCUUCGAUACGGCCACCAUUUCCUCUUCUCUCCUUACUUUGUCUGCUUCAAGCAGGGGUUUGAAAUAGUUCUGCUCUCUCCCUGCUUUUCUGAUCAUAACCCAUCACAGUGACAGUUGAGCAGUGAGGAAGAAGAAAGCAAACUAAUUAAGAAAGCAUAUACAGUGGGUGAGAGGAGAGCAGAAGGUGAUCGAACUUGGAUCUAGCUUAGGAAAGUCUAAUUUAGGUUGGACUGUUGGAGGAAUCGGUUAGAUCUAGUUGAUAAGGGAUUUAAAGAGUAGCAGAGCAGUGAAAUUAAGUUGCACAUAAUCUAAGGAAGGAAGCGGAUGUAUGAUAGCUGCGAUUACCUUAUCAACGGCAAAAGGGGAAACGAAACGAAAGGCCACGGUUGCGGAGGCGGUCGCUAGCGCUGUUCAGUUCGUCUAUGGGCACGGCCGCACGGAUGUUGGGAGUUUGGAUCGGAGAUUCUGGAGGAGUUAUGCUAUGACUACGCUGAAGGGAAGGGAUGGGAUGGGAUAGGAUGGCCGGAUGGGUUGCAGGAGGAGAAGAAGAAAGAAGGGAACUUAACGGAAGAAGGAACGUUGUGUUUGCUGGAGGGAAGAGAGAGAAGGCGAAAGGAAUUAUGCAAU